CUUGUUUCCUCACCCCCAUCACCACCGUCUCCGACGAUGCUUUCCCUCGCUUCCGUCUCCGGUGGUUUACUCCAGUCGCUGAGGUGGAUCUGUGUGGUCAUGCAACGUUAGCAUCUGCUCACGUUCUCUUCUCAACCGGUUUGAUUGAUUCGGAAACAGUUGAGUUCGCCACAAGAUCAGGGAUUCUAACAGCUACUAAACACCUCAUAGAUGAUGAUGAUGAUGUAGAGGAAUCACCAACCUUCUCGAUCGAAUUGGAUUUCCCUGUUGUCCCAACUUUCCAAGUCAACUACGUUGAUGAUGAUCUCUCUUUGUUCUCCAAAGCCAUGAAUGGUGCUACCAUUGUUGAUGUUAAAGCCACAGAGAAAGACAUCCUCGUUGUGCUUUCAUCUUGGGAGUCAGUCGUUGAGUUGCAGCCAAGAAUAGAUGAGAUAUCGAAAUGCCCUUGUGAAGGAAUGAUGGUGACUGCCGCUGCUUCUCCAGGUUCUACAUUUGAUUUCUGUAGCCGCUACUUUGCCCCAAGACUUGGAGUCAAUGAGGACCCUGUUACUGGAAGUGCGCAUUGUGCCUUAGCACAUUACUGGAACCUCAAGAUGAACAAGUGUGAUUUCUUGGCCUACCAGGCUUCAAGCAGAGGCGGAACUGUGAAGGUUCAUCUGGACAAAGAGAAGCAGAGGGUUCUGCUGAGAGGCAAAGCAAUCACUGUUAUGGAAGGUUGCGUCUUAGUUUGAAUUUGGCUAUUCUAAAAAUAAAUAAAUCAGUUGUGGUUAUCUGAGGUUAGUUGUCUUUUUAAGUUGACAAUCUAUCUUGAUAUCUUUUUUUUAACA